AUGUCAGCUCCACCACGCCCUUUCAUCACAUGCCACGUCCUUGAGACCGUGUCGGGUCGUCCGGCGCCCAACAUGCACGUCACCCUUUCGCUCCUCUCGCCCAAGCGCUCCAACCUCUCUUCCCCCACUGUCUUCACCGCAUCCACCAACCCCGACGGCAGAGUGACUGCGUGGCAGUCCACCCAAGAAGGCGGCACUGUCACUACCUCCGAGCUCGAUCACUUGGUCAACACAUUGAAGUCCGAGCUCAAGGGCGACGAGCAGAUGAAUUGGAGCUUGGUCUUUGCGACCGAAGAGUUCUACGGCAAGGGAAAGACCUUCUGGCCAGAGGUUGAGCUCAAGUUCUGUACAAGCAAGGAUGAGAGACACUAUCAUGUUCCCCUGCUCUUGGGUCCCUGGAGCUACACCACCUACCGCGGCUCAUAG